UUAUUCAUCUUAGGAGCUCAACCCAUCUGCACGCAGCUCAAAGGUCUUUCCGCGGGACAAAUCAAAUUCUGUCAGCGCUACCAUGAUCAUAUGCCCAGUAUAGGCAGAGGUGCCAAGAUGGGCAUUGGUGAAUGUCAGUGGCAGUUUCGUUUGAGGCGAUGGAACUGCAGCACCGUCCAGGACUCGUCCGUCUUCGGCCCAGUGCUAAAUUCAGCGAGUCGUGAGGCCGCCUUUACGCACGCCAUUUCUUCAGCUGGAGUUGUCUAUGCUGUCAGCAGGUCUUGUCGGGAAGGCGAUCUGUCCACCUGCGGCUGCAGUCGAGCCAAACGGCCCAAGGACCUUCACAGAGAUUGGAUAUGGGGCGGCUGCGGGGACAACAUUGAGUACGGGUACAGGUUUGCGAGAGCCUUCAUCGACGUUAGGGAGAAAGAAAGGAAUCAUCCUAGGCAUUCCACAGAGCUGGGUAGAAUGUUGAUGAAUCUUCACAACAACGAAGCUGGGAGGAAG